CUCCUUCCACCCAUAAAAUGGCAGCCGUUCUCCCCCUAGACAUUAUCAUAGAGAUAUUCCUCCGUUUACCAGUAAAGUCUCUUGUAAAUUUCAAAAGGGUAUGCAAAUCAUGGCGAACCCUAAUAACCGACCCAAAAUUCACCCAUCUCCACCUCCAACUUUCAAACGCGAAUGCAAACUCCAGUAAUCGAUUCUUCAUCCUAAAAUGCAACUCUUCACACGAGCUGUUAUACCGUGUCGACCUCGACAAUCCGACGACAUCACCUCCUCUCAAAAUAACCCUUUUCAGCACCCAAAUAGAGUAUUCACACAUCGUUGGGUCUUGCAAUGGGUUAGUGUGUUUAUACGCCUAUGUGAAUCAUUGGAUUGUAGUUUUACUUAACCCUACAACUCUCACCUUCUCUAUUGUUCCUGAUUUUGAAACCUCCAACUCUAAUGGCAUUGGGUUUGGAUUUGAUUCCAAAAACAACGACUAUAAAUUUGUUAGCAUUAAAAGGAAUCCUACACCUUUAUACGAUUUUCCAAUAAAAGUCAUGAUUUAUAGUUUUAAGGAUAAUUCAAGGAGGUCCAUUGGCCACGGGGGAUUUUAUGUUGGAAAAUAUUACUCCUAUAUGAAUCCUGUUAUCCACGGAGCUCUCCUCGACAAUCAUCUCCUACAUUGGAUCUUACAUUCGCGUAAUUCUGGCAAACGUGUGAUUGCGUGUUUAGAUCUUUGUUCGGAGGAAUGGACUGAAAUCGAAGUUCCUAAUUGUGUGUCUAGACUUCUAUAUUCCGAUUUUAAGGAAUAUUUAAGUGUUUACAAAGGCAACAGUUUGUGUUUGGUAGUUCAGAAUAUUUUACCUUGUAGCGUUUCUUUAUGGGUGUUAAAGGAAUACGGGGUGAAAGAUUCUUGGGUAAAGUUUACAGUUACGGAUUACAGAUUCCAGCCACUUUUCUCCCGUUUUGAUUACAUAGGCCUUCCAAUGGCAUUUAAACAUCAAAUUUGGAACAGAGAUUAUCCUAAAUCAAAUUGGUGUGCACAAGUCUGUUUGGAGAGUCUAGUCACUGUUGGAGAUUGCCAAACAACAACUUUUGACAUCAUCAAGAAGAAGAAGAGCUCACUAAGCUUAACAAGUGCGCGUAAAUUCCUUAAAGAAAUGUUUUCGUGAUUUUUUUAUUGUAGAUCGAUGUUCAAGUUUGUUAUUUUAUUUUUUUACUUGUGAUCAUCUAUAUGUGGGUUGACCCUUAGUUUAGGAGGAUGACACAUUGACACCGCAAACUUCAUGAAAGUGUUUGAUUGUGUCAAGUGUCGUGUUCGAGUUCCCGAGGAGGAAUAAGUUUGGCUGAGGGAGUUCAGAGCUGAAAAAAAUGAUGCAAGGAGCACAAUGUUCAAUUCAUACAUUAACAUAGGAAAAACUACAAGGCUGGCUCGCUCAGUCGUUUGAGAGACAAUUAUGUUCUACAGUUCUAGUUCCUAUAUAAACACGAGUUCCUUUGUA